GCGGCGCCUGCCUGCCCAGCCCCGGCUCGCCGCCUGGCUCUCCCCCGCUGGAGCGACCGAACGUGCGACCGCCGCUUUUUCCUCCCUGUGCGGCCACCGUCGUUUGGGGAGGAGAGCGGGAGGGGGCGGGGAAAAGGGUGGGAGGUGGGUGAGCGCGCGCGCCGCCCGUCCGUCGUGGUUUCCUGGCUGCGCGCGGCGCUGGUGGAGUAGCUGCAGCUGUAGCAGCCCCCGCGAAGAUGGCGGAGGGGUUGGAGCGUGUCCGGAUCUCCGCGUCGGAGCUGCGAGGGAUCCUGGCUACUCUGGCUCCGCAGGCCGGGAGCAGAGAAAACAUGAAGGAGCCCAGGCAGCGCAAAGAUAACAGGCGCCCAGACCUGGAAAUCUAUAAGCCUGGACUUUCCCGACUAAGGAAUAGACCUAAAAUCAAGGAACCCUCUGGGAGUGACGAACUCAAGGAUGAAACUGUUAAUGACAGAGAUUCUUCUACUGUUGGAGACAGUACACAGCUUAUUAAAGAUGUCUACAAAGACAACCAACAGCAAAAUGGUCCUGUAGAUGCUGAAAAUAUUCGGGUACAGGAGUUCUUGCCCAGGACUGUUGGACAAGAGGAUCGAAGUCUUAGAAUUAUCAAAAGAACAAAGAAACCUGACAUGCAGAUCUAUCAGCCUGGAAGGCGUUUGCAGACUGUUACCAAAGAAUCGACUAGUAGCCGGGUAGACGAGGAAGAAAUCCUCAACCAGGUGGAACAGCUGAGAGUAGAGGAAGAUGAGUAUAGGGGGAGUGUGAAAGAGGAGGUUGUGAGUAAACCAGACAAAGAGGAGGCAGGAAAGAGCCUAAGUGGUGACAGAGGACGGGCUGCACAGGGAGAAAAAGGAAAGCGGAUUGAAAAAGGGGAGGGUGUGAAGAAGGUGAACGAUGACCUGGCUCAGGGGAAGCCAGGUUCUGCCAAGCGCUAUUCCCGCUCAGACAAACGAAGGAACCGCUAUCGCACUUGCAGUACCAGCUCAGCCGGUAGCAACAAUAGCGGCGAGGGGGCUGGCCUGACUGAUAAUGGAAGUCGCCGCCGCCGCCAGGAUCGGACCAAGGAGAGGCCACGACUGAAGAAGCAAGUAUCUAUGUCCUCAACUGACUCCUUAGAUGAGGACAGAAUUGAUGAGCCUGAUGGGCCCCGGAGAAGCUCAGAAAGGAAGAAACAUUUAGACAGAAGCUGGUCUGGCCGUGGAGAAGGGGAGCAGAAAAGCAAUGGUAAAGAAAAUCGAGGCACUCUUCGAGUUACUUUUGACGCAGAAACCAUGAACAGAGAUUCUCCCACGGUGAGGUCAGCCAGGGAGGAUGUGGAUAGGAUAAAGCCAGACAAAGGCUCGAGCAGUGGGGGCAAAGGCACUGAGAAGCAGGAAUCCAAAAACCUGAGACAAGAACUUCGGGGUCGUGGCCGUGGCAUUCUGAUUCUGCCUGCCCACACCACCCUGUCUGUCAAUUCAGCCGGUUCUCCAGAGUCUACACCUUUGGGACCUCGGCUUUUAUUUGGAUCUGGUAGUAAGGGAUCUCGGAGUUGGGGCCGAGGAGGCACCACUCGACGAUUGUGGGACCCAAACAAUCCUGAUCAGAAACCUGCUCUAAAGAGCCAGACGCCUCAGUUACAUUUCUUGGACACUGAUGAUGAGGUCAGCCCUACCUCUUGGGGUGACUCACGCCAGGCCCAAGCAUCUUACUAUAAGUUUCAAAACUCUGACAACCCCUAUUAUUACCCGCGGACACCAGGCCCUGCUUCCCAGUAUCCUUACACAGGCUAUAGCCCUCUGCAGUACCCGGUGGGCCCUACAAAUGGUGUGUACCCAGCGCCUUACUACCCAGGCUACCCGACUCCAACAGGACAGUAUGUUUGUAGCCCCCUCCCUGCCAGCACCCUGAGUCCUGAGGAGAUGGAGCAGCACAUGAGGAACAUGCAGCAGCAGGAACUACAUAGGCUUCUCCGUGUAGCUGACAACCAGGAACUGCAGCUCAGCAACCUGCUUUCCAGGGACCGCAUCAGUCCGGAGGGCCUGGAGAAGAUGGCUCAGCUCAGAGUUGAACUGCUGCAGCUAUAUGAGCGCUGUAUUCUAUUAGAUAUUGAGUUCUCUGAUCAUCAGAAUGUGGAUCAGAUCCUGUGGAAGAAUGCUUUCUAUCAGGUGAUUGAGAAGUUCAGGCAGCUUCUCAAGGAUCCGAAUGUUGAGAACCCAGAACAGAUUCGGAACAGACUUUUGGAGCUCUUGGAUGAGGGUAGCGACUUCUUUGAUAGUUUGCUUCAGAAGCUGCAGGUUACUUACAAGUUCAAGCUGGAGGACUACAUGGAUGGUCUUGCCAUUCGCAGCAAGCCAUUACGGAAGACAGUAAAAUAUGCCCUGAUCAGUGCCCAGCGAUGUAUGAUUUGCCAGGGAGAUAUCGCUAGGUAUCGGGAGCAAGCCAAUGACACCGCAAACUAUGGGAAAGCACGAAGUUGGUACCUGAAGGCCCAGCACAUUGCUCCCAAGAAUGGGCGCCCCUAUAACCAGUUGGCUCUGCUGGCAGUGUAUACGAGGAGGAAGCUUGAUGCUGUCUAUUACUAUAUGCGCAGUUUAGCUGCCAGCAACCCUAUCCUGACUGCCAAGGAGAGUCUCAUGAGCUUGUUUGAAGAGACCAAACGAAAGGCAGAACAGAUGGAGAAGAAGCAACAUGAAGAAUUGGAACUGAGCCCUGACCAAUGGCGGAAAGGAAAGAAAUCUACUUUCCGGCAUGUUGGAGAUGACACCACUCGCCUGGAGAUCUGGAUUCAUCCAUCCCGUCCCCGGUCCUCCCAGGGCACUGAGUCUGGGAAGGAUUCUGAGCAGGAGAAUGGGCUGGGCAGCCUGAGCCCCAGUGAUCUGAACAAAAGGUUCAUCCUCAGUUUUCUCCAUGCCCAUGGGAAGCUGUUUACCCGGAUUGGGAUGGAGACAUUCCCUGCGGUGGCUGUGAAGGUCCUCAAGGAGUUCCAGGCGUUGCUGCAGCACAGCCCCUCUCCCCUCGGCAGCACCCGCCUGCUGCAGCUCAUGACCAUCAACAUGUUCGCUGUACACAACUCCCAGUUGAAAGACUGCUUCUCGGAGGAGUGCCGCUCUGUGAUCCAGGAACAAGCCGCAGCCCUGGGCCUGGCCAUGUUUUCUCUCCUGGUGCGGCGCUGCACCUGCUUACUUAAGGAGUCGGCCAAAGCUCAGCUGUGCUCUCCUGAGAAUGAGGAGGACCAAGAUGACAUCAAGGUGUCGUCCUUCGUCCCAGACCUGAAGGAGUUGCUCCCCAGUGUGAAAGUCUGGUCAGACUGGAUGCUCGGCUACCCAGACACCUGGAAUCCUCCGCCCACCUCCCUGGAUCUGCCCUCACAGGUUGCUGUGGAUGUGUGGUCAAUGCUGGCUGAUUUCUGUAACAUACUGACUGCAGUGAAUCAGUCUGAGGUGCCACUGUACAAGGACCCGGACGAUGACCUCACCCUCCUUAUCCUGGAAGAGGAUCGGCUUCUCUCGGGCUUUGUCCCCUUGCUGGCUGCCCCUCAGGACCCCUGCUACGUGGAGAAAACCUCGGAUAAGGUUAUUGCAGCCGACUGCAAAAGGGUCACAGUACUGAAGUAUUUUCUGGAAGCCCUUUGUGGACAAGAAGAGCCUCUGCUGGCAUUCAAGGGUGGAAAAUAUGUGUCAGUGGCACCCGUCCCAGACACCAUGGGAAAGGAAAUGGGAAGCCAAGAGGGAAAACAACUGGAAGAUGAGGAGGAGGACGUGGUGAUUGAAGACUUUGAGGAAGAUUCAGAGGCUGAAGGCAGCGGGGGUGAGGAUGACAUCAGGGAGCUUCGGGCCAAGAAGCUGGCUCUAGCCAGGAAGAUAGCGGAGCAGCAGCGUCGCCAGGAGAAGAUCCAGGGUCAGCAUCCCCACAUCAUCCCCGCCAUCUGCAGGAAGGAACUUGCUCUGCGAAAGAGCCCUUCCUGGGGACCCAGGCCUGUUAGCAUCCUCGUCAGAUGUUACUGCGGAGUCUCUCUCCCAGUUCCCCACCAGCUUGCUCAAGGAAGCCUCCAGACUUGAGAGGAAGCGGGUGACCUGGCGCCGUGCAGAAGCAGGAUUAAGGUCGUCUUCUCCUCUUCCACACUCAGUGACGUUAUGGUCCUUAUUGCCACUGGUCUGACGCAACGCGUCCGUCCUCUCCUAGGACUCCCAGCUCACUGUCCAAGGACCACUGUGGCCCAGCCUUAGCUGCAGUGAGAAGGGUUCCAAUGGAGCUCUCCUUCCGGGUCAGCACACUGGACUCCAGGCCAGGGCCAGUCCGUCUGAAUCACAGCAUUCCAGUUGCGCCCCCCCCCUCACCCCCACCAGAGGCUUCUGCAGCCUUUUGCUCAUACAAACAAAAAUAAAUCUCACUACCGGCCUCUGAACUCCACAGCAGCAUGCUUCCCCUUCUCCCCAAGCGUCCCAUGGCUGCGAGGGGGACUUGGCACUCUCCCCGCCGACAUCACUUUUUCACUCCCUGCGCAUCCUGUGUCCUUCUCUCACCGUGCGACCCAGAGAUCAGAGUGGGACGUGACGGCCGGCACAGGCGCCGUGCACAGCUGCCAGGAAUCUGACGGGUAAAAUCUGGAAAAGUUGGGAGGGCAAGUGCUAAACACACACACACGCGCACACACACACACACAGCACCACUCAGAGAGGGCCGGAAACACAGACACCCACAGACAAGGGCCUGCGGACGCCCAGUCCUUCCUCGUCUGCCAUCCUUUUAAGGGGACUGGGCCCGUCUCAUGAGCCAGGGGUGACCCCCCCCAGAGGCCUACCGGUACCCCAAGAGAAGGGGGAACAACCUCAUUUAAUCUCCUGAGACUCCCGGAGGGCAUGUGGGGAACAGGAAGCAGUUGUGUGGUGACUCACUGGGCAGAGCCAGGUUAAGGGAAGUUGUCUGCGGGUGUCCCUGGGACCGGAUGGUGGCAGCACAGCUCUGACCACCCUCAUCCAGCUUGACCCCACCCACCCCUGGAGAACCAACAAGGCUGCCACCUCCCUAAGAGGCCGUGGCCUCUGUUCACCUUCCUGGCCCUGAGCCACAACUCAGAGGACUCAGACCGUUAGUGCCUCCCUGAACCUUGCACCUAGAUUUUUCUUCCGUCCUGUCGUCAGAACACCCAAGUAGGCGCAGCCCCCAGCCUCCCUUGGCCACGUGGCCCAAAGACCCUCCUGCCCACUGCCAGCAUUUACGGAAGGAAAGUACUGUAGGUCUUAGGAGCUCACUCUUCCCACAGGGUGAAAGGGGCAGCCAGUUCCGCUUGCUCAGACCUGGCCUCAGCGCUGGAGGGUCAUUCCUGGAGGCAGGAAACUGAGAUGCAAAGGAGGUCUUUGUGGGCCGGUGCCCCCCCAAGCUCCCCGGCUGGCGACAGUGCCCGUCCUGCCCCUCCUCCCCAGAAAGAGGUUUGGGGGGGCCUCUGAUGCUGAGCAAAACGUCCCUGGAGUUCCCAUCAUGGCUCAGUGGUUAACGAAUCCGACCAGAAACCGUGAGGUUGCAGGUUUGAUCCCUGGCCUCACUCAGUCCGAUUCGACCCCUAGCUUGGGAACCUCCAUAUGCCGCGGGUGCGGCCCUAAAAAGACGAAAAACAAAAAAAAAUAAAAACCCGUGCCUGGCAGCGGAAGGGCUGGCUGGAGAACCUUAAGACCUGGGAGAUGAGCGAUGGGCGUGCUGAGGAGCAACGGAGGGCCCACUGCCCUGAGUGGGGCUGUUUCCUGUGCUCAGAUGCCCACGCCGUCCCAGGGUUCAGUGUCACUACAUCUCAAUUCAAAGUCAGUUUUUAGAAAAUACCCAAGCUGAGUUCAGUGGAACAUGUGUCACCUUCUAGCUGGCAGCCCCCUGGAAGGACCAGUGACCCCCUCCCCUGGGAGCGUGGCCACGGCAGCGGUGCUUUCCCCUGAGGAGGUGGGAACAGCGGGGAGACUUUAGGCCCCUGAGCCCCUCAGCCGCGUUUCUCGUGCCUGCCAGCGUCGUGUGCCUUCCACCAGCUGCGGUGGCAGUGGCAGCAACGACUUACUCAUAGGGAGAGGUCCCCAGCAGGUCACAGAGGAGCCACCCCCAGCUUUCAAAGGCAUGCCCUUUCAGUUUUACUGUCAUUGCCAGUGAAACCUGAGCACCUUCCUCACUGACUGUUAGUGGCCAGGGCCCAGCCUGUGGGACCCACCUCAGUUGGCACGCACAUCUGCUCCCUCCUCUGUGCUGGCGUCUGUGUCCCUGCAAGCUGAUGUGUGGCAGGAAGCCAGGAGAGGGCAGGACAGGGCUGGGACCUGCUUGCCCAGCCUCUUAGGCUCUGUGUACAGGGAGCACGCUGUCUGGGCAGAUGCCCACGAGUCAGUUUGCUUCUUGGCCAUGGUCCCCAGCAGAGGAAGCAGCACAAGAGUAGCCAUGUUCUCUAGUGACAGACGUACCCACGGCCUGUCUGAGAGGGCCGCGGCCACACCAGGCCCUGUCAGAGAUUCGGGCUUUCCCAGAUGGACAUGGAGCUUCCCUGAAAGACGAGAGCAUCCAUAAGACUAACAAGCACUAGGCCGUGUGCCUUCUGAGGUGGGGUGCCCAGGACACCAGAGCUGCUAUGUGAGGCGGGUUUUUAGUGCUGCAUGGGGGACCCGCAGACUUUGCUGUGGAAAUUCAUCUUGCGCUGGUUAACACAGGCCUAGGCUGUCAGACGCCUGAUGCCGCAGAUAUUAUUUGCUGUUCCACAGAAGUAAAUUGACUUAAGUUAAUUUAAAGAAAAACACCAGGUAAAUAAGAGUAUGUAGAUUGUAGAUCAUGGCAGAGGAGCAGGGAUAGAACCCAGAAGGCCGCUGCUUAGGGGACCCCGUGCUGCUCGAGGGGAUGGUGGCGACUCUCACCAGUCUGGGUGGUUCCUUUGCAGAUCUGUGCAUUGGGUCUAAUCCAUCGCACCAUGUGGAUGGACUCGGCCACCGAAGGGGACUUACGGGGGGCACUUUGGUGUUGAUGAUCAGGUGUCAGGGUCACUUCUUUUGUAUGGACUCGGAGUUUGUUUCCUUUCUAUCUUUCUUUCUUCUCUUUAUCCUCUCUUUGUUUGUUUCCUUCAGCUACACCGUGAAGUAAGUUGAAAUAACGGAUUCCAUUUGGGUUAUAUGUAUGUGUAUAAAGUGUCUGGAUUGACAAGUGCCCCCAUAUUUGCUGUGUAGAUAACAUGUUUAGCUGCUUUCGUACCCAGGGAACCUAACUCUCCUUUGUCGAUUUUUAGCCUGAGGUCUUAGAUUCAGAGACCCGUUGUUUUUACUACCAUCAGGGUCCUUUCUCAGUCCCACGCAGGGUUGUGGUCACACCCCGUUCCCCCGAGCCUUUUGGUUAGUGUUGAUUUUUGUUGCAGGGCUUCGCCCAGCCCUUGGGCCUGUCCCGGCUGCCCCUCUGGAGGGGGAAGAGGUUCGGCAGCCGCGGCAGGAUGCUGACACACCGCGGAGUCAGGGCGCUGGCGCGCCCACCGCUUGCCUGCUCACUCAC